UCAAGACCUCGGCUCUUUGUAACAGAGAAGAAGAGAGUACACUUAUUAUUUUUACGAUAAUAAGCGAAAAAGGUCGAGUAUCAUCACGGUGAAUUACUGAAAGAAGUUUAGGAUUUGCUUAACAAUGGAGCAUCAUAAAGGUCGUUUAUGGAUGGAAGUAAAGGUGAAAUUAUAAUAGGAAAACCAGGAAUUCAAACCUGAGUGACUGAAAUAUAAGUCUUAGAAAUUCAAGAAAGCUGAAACUACCACCGAAGGAUUGGCUUUUCUUUAAUGCAUACCACUAGGAGAACAGAUCUCUGUUUUGUAACAUGACGUUCAGUAGCAGCAGCAGUUAUUGUUUUCACCAUGAAGAAAGGAGACGGACGUACGCCAUCCAGUUCUGUGACAAGUCUUCCAUGAGUACCACUACAUAAUACAUGGAUCUGCAGAUACCAGGGGGGUAUGCUGGACUUAGUGGAGAGCAACAAUGCAGAUGUAGUUGAUGUGAUACAAGAUUGAAUAAGAAAAAUAAGUAAUCAAGUUUAAAUAACAGAAGUCCAUGAAAAGGAAUGAAAUGGCUGACAUUGGAGAAAAAUCAUUCAAAUGCCAGUAUUGUGAAAGGAGCUUUACUUUCAAAUGUCAUUGUAAACGGCAUGAAAUGAUCCACAUUUCGGAUAAGCCAUUCAAAUGCCAGUAUUGUGAUAAGAGCUUUAAUUUCAAAAGUCACUGUAAACAACAUGAAAUGGUUCACACUAGAGGAAAACCAUUCAAAUGUCAGUAUUGUGAUAAGAGCUUUAGUGUCAAAAGAACAUGUAUAAAACAUGAAAUGAUUCACAGUGGAGAAAAACCAUUCAAAUGCCAGUUUUGUGAAAAGUGCUUUAGGCGUAAACAAAGCUGUGCACAACAUGAAAUGAACCACACUGGAGAAAAGCCAUUCAAAUGCCAGCAUUGCGAAAAGAGUUUUAGUUGCAAAAAGCUUUGCAAACAACAUGAAAUGAUUCACACUGGAGAAAAACCAUUCAAAUGCCAGCAUUGUGAUAAGAGUUUUAGUGUCAAAAGCACAUGUAUAAAACAUGAAAUGAUUCACAGUGAAGAAAAACCAUUCAAAUGCCAGCAUUGUGAAAAAAGUUUUAUUAUUAAAUAUAAUUGUACACGACAUGAAAUGACCCACACUGGAGAAAAACCAUUCAAAUGCCAGCAUUGUGAAAAGAGUUUUAGUUGCAAAAAGGUUUGCAAACGACAUGAAAUGAUUCACACUGGAGAAAAACCAUUCAAAUGCCAGUAUUGUGAAAAAAGCUUUACCGCCAAAGAUAAAUGUAAACAACAUGAAAUGAUCCACACUGGAGAAAAACCAUAUAAAUGCCAGUAUUGUGAAAAAGGUUUUAUCGAAAAACGGAAUUGCAUACAGCAUGAAAUGACCCACACUGGAGAAAAACCAUUUAAAUGUCAGUAUUGUGAAAAGUGUUUUAGAUUUAAAAUAAGCUGUGCACAACAUGAAAUGACCCACACUGGAAAAAAACCAUUCAAAUGCCAGCAUUGCGAAAAAAGUUAUAGCAUUAAACGGAGUUGUAUAGAACAUGAAAUGACCCAUACUGGAGAAAAACCAUUCAAAUGCCAGCAUUGCGAAAAGAGUUUUAGUUGCAAAAAGGUUUGCAAACGACAUGAGAUGAUUCACACUGGAGAAAAACCAUUCAAAUCCCAGCAUUGCGAAAAGAGUUUUAGUUGCAAAAAGGUUUACAAACGACAUGAAAUGGUUCACACUGGAAUUUCAUCUCCGCCUGUAAGAAAGGAACUUCAAGGAAGGAAUGAACUGAAUAGGACAAUACUUUCACCACAGUCUAUAAAAAAGGAAUUCCAAGAUGAUUAUAUGCAACAUGGGACAAAGGGACAGGUGGAAUCUUAUACAGAAGCCGAAGUCAAAAUGGAGUUAAAUGAUUACAAUGCUCCAGAAGUGAGACCAGAGAUCUAUCCAGUAGCAAUGUUUAGAAAUGUGUUUGCAGACACAGGCGUUUGAUGUCUGAUAACAUAAGUCAAAGUCUUAGAUGGGUAUAAUAUUAAAGUAUAAUAUUAAUUAUUGUAUGCCUGACACAAAACAAUAAUGACUGAUGUCAAAACAUUGACAUUUUAUGUUUUAUUUAAAUAUUAUUUUUUGUAUGGAAGUUGGCAGAAAUCAGAAUAAAUAGCUCCGAUGGUUUAAAACAAAUAAUUUUUAGCAAAUCUGUGGCAACAAAUGAAACUGAAUUAAAGUAAUAUUUUUCUUAGUAAACAUAAACGAUUUAAUAAAAGAUAAAACAUUUUAGUUACUUUUUUCCUCGUUCUCUGCUGUUUAUAAGUAAAUAAGAGGACUGUUCCGUACAUCUGUCGAUGAAUUUGUAGAUUUAGUUCCCUCUAAGGUUUUGAAUUUGGCAUUAUAUACCCUAGAUUCUAGAUUCCGGUAUUGCCAGCUCGAUCUUGAUUUCAUAUAUAACCCAUAUCAGCAAUGCCAAGCUCUAGCGAAUACCGACAAUCCGUAGGCGUUCUUCUUUAAAAUUUUG